AUGGGGUGUAUGCUGGGGCAGCACGACGAGUCCGGGAAAAGGGAACAGGUUGUCUAUUACUUAAGCAAGGAGUUCAUGGCCUGUGAGAUGAACUACUCUUUGCUUGAAAGGAUAUGUUGUGCCUUGGUGUGGGCAGCCCAUCGUCUAAGGCAGCACAUGCUGAGCUACAUCACUUGGUUGGUAUCCAAGAUGGACCCAGUUAAGUACAUAUUUGAAAAGCCUGCUCUCACCGGACGGAACGCUCGGUGGCAAGUUCUGCUGUCAGAAUUUGACAUUGUUUAUGUCACUCAAAAGUUCCUGGACGAGGACAUCAAGACCUUGUUCGAGGAGGAGGUGGAGGAUGAAGAUAGGGACAAAUGGAUAGUGUGGUUCGAUGGCACGUCCAACGCACUAGGCCAUCGAGUAGGGGUGGUUUUGCUUACCCCUGAUGAUCAAUGCAUACCUUUCACAGCUAGGUUGGGCUUUGACUGCAUGAACAACAUGGCCGAGUACGAGGCAUGCACCUUUGGGAUCCAAGUAGCAAUCAACUUCAAGGUUAAAUUGCUCAAAGUAUAUGGAGACUCAACCUUGGUGAUUCAUUAUUUGAGAGGAGAAUCAGACACUAGGGAUCAUAAGUUGAUACCCUACCAGGCCUACAUCAAGAAGCUAACAGAUUUCUUCGAUGACAUAUCCUUCCACCACAUUCCUAGAGAGGAAAAUCAAAUGGUUGAUGUGCUUGCCACUCUAGCAUCCAUGUUUCAGUUGACCCCGCAUGGGGACUUGUCGUACAUCAAAUUCAGAUGUCGUGGCAAGCCCACGCAUUGCUGA